UUCAAAUGGCCGAGUGAAGGUCGCAGUUGGAAGCUCUUUUAGAAAUAAAAAACAAACCGUAAAAGUCCCGCAGAAACAAAGAAUCAUUUCCCUCAAGCUGUUUCGUCGUUGGGUUAAACGCAGGUGUCAAAAUUGCCCCACAGUCUGCGUAAACAGUCGGCGCUCAGAACAAGGACGAACUCAUCUGAUCCCUUGAAAGCCAUCAAAGUUGGCCCAGUAAACCAUUUAAUCAGUUGACUUACUGCUCCGCCAACAACAAAACACAGCGCUGAUUAAAAUAUAUUUCAGACUUGUUGGAGUUUGUACACCCUUUGUUAGAGGAUCACAGCCAUGGCAAACCCGACGGUGGCCACAACCAUAAACUCCACAAUAAUCCACAGGGCGGAAAUGCAACCAUUUGACUUCACUGUGAGAUUCAUAUCCACAUUUUUACUGAUUGUCAUCAUAAUUCUUACUCUUCUCGGGAACUCACUCGUCAUCCGGGCGUUUGUCUCUUUCCGGAAGUUGCGCAACGUGACCAAUUACCUCGUGGUGUCCCUAGCAGUGACGGACAUCCUAGUCGCGAUGUUUUCCAUGCCGGUUUGGGCAGCGUAUCUCUUAACAGGACGACCCUGGAUUUACUCCUUGUGGCUGAAGAAGAUCUGGCAGUCGAUGGACAUCUUAUGCAGUGUGGCUUCCAUCUCACAUCUUCUACUUAUCAGCAUUGAGCGCUACAUCUGUAUCUCUUCUCCGCUGACCUACCACAGCAUUGUGACCACGCCCAAGACACGUGUAGCGAUUUGUGCAGCGUGGUCCUUUGCGCUAACCAUGACCAUCAUCAAACUGAUCACCUGGGAUAUGUCAUUCUCAACCGCAUACCAAUUGACAGCGUUUUCGCUCUGUUUUGUUGCGCCUGUGUUAAUCAUGAGUUACGCCUACAUUAUGAUUUUCAGAGUUUCUCGUACACAGGCGAAGAAAAUGCUGCUCAAGAUUGGAGAAAAAACCAAAAAGUUCUGCCUACCAAAGGAGCUGAAGGCCGCUAAGACGCUGGGGGUGGUAAUGGGGGCUUUUGUGCUUUGUUGGUUCCCAUUCUUCUUUCUGAAUUUCUUUAACGCUCUCUGUCGCGCAUGUCCGAUUCAAAUGGAAGCUGUAAUGGUGGCGAAAGCGCUUCAUUACUUUAAUUCAGUUCUCAACCCAAUUAUCUACGGUCUAAUGAACAAGCAGUUCAAGACUGCCUUUAGACAUCUCUUCAGCGCAACAUACUCUAGCGUGACUGGAAAGGCACAGCCCGUGACAAGGUCAGAAAUCGAUAGGCAACUAUCCAGCAUCAGAAGUUGGGGCUUGACAUCUCUGAAAAGCAGGUCAUCCACUUAAGAGAAAAGGAACUCUGUAACUACGGAACUGUGUAAUUGCCCGGACAAAAGUACAAAGACAAGCGUGUGAAACUUUUGUCCGAAAGACAUAGACAUCCAACAUAGUACUUUAACAUAAGCCAUGAGAACACAAAAUAUGAACAAGGAAACUUCACGAAAUGCGCUGGUUAGAAUGAUUUAGUCAAAUACAAAAGAAGAGGGGAAAAAAGUGCCGAUUGACAUGCUAUGAUAGAAAAAAAAAUAAAGUACUUUGUUUUGAAUCAUAUUAUAAUGGAUGCCAUGGAAGUUUUGACGUCGCAUUUGAAAAAAACACGUGACUUUAGAUUGUUGAUUUAGUCUUUCAAGUUGUCGAGAAUUUAUAAGGGACUUUAUUAGCUGAAGAAAACCUCGAUUUAAAAAUCAAUUCAUAUUUUCAGUGAGCAUUUCGCGAUUGACUGGAUGUGGUAAUCGUCUCUAACAGCGGUACACCUUAACUUCGGCAUAAAGUAUGUGAGCCGCUUUGUGUUCUAAAUAGAAACUUAAUUUAUUCUCGUGGUUUUCGUUCACUGGCCACGC